AUGUUGUCGCGUCGAUUGGCAACCGCGGUGCGAUUGGCGCCCAUGUGCCAAGUUCGCCAGCGCCGUGCAGUGCAACCAAUUGCUAUGAUGCUCCCCAGCAUGAUGCAGACGGUGCGUAGCUAUGCGGACAAAAUUGUUCAAGUCCCCCAGAUGGCAGAGUCAAUCUCUGAAGGGACGCUGAAGCAAUUUACCAAAAGCAUUGGCGACUAUGUUGAACUGGAUGAAGAAAUUGCGACUAUUGAAACGGACAAGAUUGAUGUCGCCGUCAAUGCUACCGAAGCUGGUACCAUCAAAGAAUUUUUUGUGAACGAAGAAGACACGGUUACUGUCGGACAGGAUCUGGUUCGCAUUGAAGCGGGCGGCUCCCCAACUCCCAAGCACGAGCCUACCCCGAAAGCUGAAGAGCAGGCGAAACCGGCAGUCGAGCCAGAGUCAUCCGAGAAGCAAAAGAAACCCGAGCCGAAGCAUGAAGCCAAACAAGAGACGAAACCCCAGGCGGAAGUCGCCACGCCGGCCGCGCCUCAGCGGCCUGCGGCGGAGAAGAGCUCCACGCCCUCUUCGGCCCAGACUUCCGAUUCUGGACCUACCCUUGGCAGCCGUGAAGAACGACGCGUUAAAAUGAACCGCAUGCGCUUGCGUAUCGCAGAACGCCUCAAGCAAUCCCAAAACACUGCUGCUUCCCUCACGACUUUCAACGAAGUGGACAUGUCCAACAUCAUGGAUUUCCGCAAGCUCUACAAGGAUGAUGUACUGAAAAAGACCGGCGUCAAGCUUGGUUUCAUGAGUGCAUUUGCGCGUGCAUCAGUUCUUGCUAUGCGUGACUUGCCCGCCGUUAAUGCCUCAAUCGAGGGCACUAAUGGUGGUGACACAAUUGUCUACCGUGACUACGUCGAUAUUAGCGUCGCUGUUGCUACCGAGAAGGGCCUCGUUACACCUGUUGUCCGCAAUGUUGAAUCUAUGGACAUGAUCGGCGUGGAGAGCUCCAUUGCUGAUAUGGGCAAGAAGGCUCGCGAUGGUAAGCUGACGAUUGAAGACAUGGCUGGCGGGACGUUCACGAUCAGCAACGGCGGUGUCUUCGGUUCCCUAAUGGGGACCCCGAUCAUCAACUUGCCCCAGACUGCUGUUCUCGGUCUCCAUGCCAUCAAAGAACGCCCUGUGGCGGUCAACGGAAAAAUUGAGAUUCGGCCCAUGAUGUACCUCGCACUCACCUAUGACCAUCGCCUUCUGGAUGGCCGCGAGGCUGUGCAGUUCCUUGUCAAAAUCAAGGAGUACAUUGAAGAUCCUCGUCGUAUGCUCCUGUAA